ACAGAGUGAUUGUUGCUAAGGAAAUUAAUGGGUGUGAUAGUUCAUUUAUCACCAGCUGCAUACUUGGUCACUGCAUUAAAAUAGGCAAGUGCGCGUGUGGUGCAGUGGCUGGGAGUGACCAGGAGUGGCACAACAGGUGAUGCCAUGACGCAGACGAACGUGGCGACGCCGGAGAGCCGAUGCGGGGUGCCCACCGCCACCGAGGAGAAGCUGAUGGUGGCGGUGCGCGUGCGACCGCUGCGCCCAGAUGAAGGUCCCCGCAUCGUUCACGUGGUCAGCGAUAAGAUGUUGGUCUUGGAAGAGGAAUCCGACAGCAGACGAGAUGUGCUCCGCCAAAGACGAGUGAACGACAAGCAUUACGUCUACGACCGGGUUUUCAGUGAGGACAGCACACAAGAGGAAGUAUACGAGGCAGUAUGCGCACCCCUAGUGGGCGGCGCGUUGCAAGGGUUCGCGGGAGCUGUGUUCGCGUACGGCGCCACCGGCGCGGGCAAAACGCACACCAUGACCGGGCUCAUGUCACGAGCGCUCGCGCACCUAUUCACUGGCAUCGCGGAGAGCGAACAGCCCUCAUCUUACGAGGUAAAGAUGUCAUACAUCGAGAUCUACAACGAGAAUAUUCGCGACUUGCUGAACCCCGGGGCGGGGCCGCUCGAGCUGCGAGACGAGGGCGGCAGCGGCGCGCCCGUGGUAGCAGGGCUGAGCGAGGUCCGCGCCACCAGCGCUGGGCACGUGGCUGAGUUGCUAGCGCGGGGGGACCGUGCACGUACUGCUGAGGCAACGCACGCCAAUGAGCAUUCCUCCCGAGGACAUGCACUCCUUAGUGUUACAGUGAGUAGUGCCGUGUCAGGCGGCGUUCAGCGCGGCCGGCUGUUCCUGAUCGAUCUGGCGGGCUCUGAGCGCGCUGGGUUACGAGCGCGGCGUCUUGAGGGCGCGCAUAUUAACCGGUCACUACUAGCGCUUGGCAACUGCAUCAUGGCGCUAUCGGGUGGAGCUAGAUACGUGAACUACCGCGAUUCAAAACUAACACGGCUUCUGCGCGAGGUGCUGGGCGGGCGUUGCCGCACCGCCAUGGUGGCGCACGUAGCCCCUGGCGGUGCACAUCGCGAGACCACGCGCUCCACACUACACUACGCGCAGCGAGCCUCCUCUAUUACCAACAGGGUGGAAAGAGAAUUGAUUGCGACACCGAUGCACCUAUCCCAGUACCGGUCUGUCAUCAACGACCUGCGCGAUGAAAUCGCCAGGCUCAAGCUCAAGAUGAAAGAUGACCGCUCGAGCACACGAACACUAGAAGAACAGCAGCAGAUUGCAGCAGAAGUGUCACAAGAGGAGACCGAAGAGAGCGCCGCUCACUUAAAGUCCCUCCGCGAAGCCAUUGUCUCCACCUUCAAACAACAGAUGCGGCUGAGGCGAAGACUUAUGGAGCUGGACAGCCAUUUGCUGGGACUAGCGUUGGAUGCAGAGAGACAACAUGCCGCGAUAUCGCAUUGGGAGGCGCGAUUCAACCGCCUUUACAAGCCGAUUAACAUGCCAAGUUCGAGACUCAGCACACAUCAGAGCUACAGAGGCGGCACGGGCUCAAGUACGAGCAGUACAGUGGGCAACGAGCGUGCGGAGGCCGAAGUGGCUGUAGAGCAGGCGUGGGCGGAGCUAGCCGCCGUGGAGCGCGAGCAGGAGACCGCGCGGAACGAGCGCGCGCGCGUCGAGCGGCAGCUGGAGCAAGUGCGGCUGCGGGGCGCGCAACUCGAACAGGAGCUACCAGCGCGCAUCAGCAGCGGUCCCGAGCGCGAGGUGCUAGCGCUCGUGUGCCGCGUGCACGAGCUGGAGGCCGACAAGCUCGCGCUGCAGGGCGAGCGGGCCGCGAGGGCACACGAACUCAGGAGGAGAGACCUCGCGCUGCAGAGGAGAGACGCGCAGCGGAGGCUUUCUGACGAGAUUAUUACCCGUCAGCGGCGAGCGCUUGAAGAGAUGGGCAUAGCAGUGCCACCAGAAUUGGGGCAACUGUACGAGCUGUACCAGCAAGAAAUCCACGCCUCCACCUACACGGAGAAUAACGAUGUCUACGCGCAACAUCGGUUGCCGCCCAUCUCCACUAGCAUGUCGGAACUGGCGUGGUCGGAGAGCUCGAGCGGCUCCAGCGCGGGCUCGGGCGCGCUGCCGCUCGACCACCGCCUGCCGCGCCUCGUGCCCACUCCACGCCCGAGGACCCGGUACAGCCAAGCGAGUGCGGUGACCAUGAAGCGGUAUUCCAGCGACGACAGCCUCGUCAUGGUGGCUCCCCGCGCCACGGACGCCGCGCCCUGACUCAUCAAAUAACUUCACUUUUCGAGCUCCGAACCACAUGUGGUAUGUCUAAUUGGUCGAUUACAUCGAAUUUAUCGAUACCGAUUUCUAAAAUCAGCGUUUACAAAAAUAUUAGGCGAGUUCUGAGAUGCUAAGC